AUGGCCCUGGCCGCCAUCAUGGGCAUGAUGGGGCUCAUGAUGCAGCCUGCCGCCGCAUUCAUCUCCAUCUCGGACGGGAAGUUCGUGGAUGAGGAAUGCCGCGAGUUCACAUGGGUCGGAGCCAAUACGUGGCGCAUGCUCGAGGCCCAGGCAGGUUUGGGCGGCACUGAUGGCAAGGCCGUGGAGAACCUCAUGCAGCAGGCUGCCGCACUCAAUAUUACUGUGCUUCGCGUGUUUGCCACGGGUGUUACCCCGGAGCUGCCCCUCCAGCUGGAGCCAGGAAAGUAUAACCAAGUUGCUCUGGAGGCACUGGACGGCGUGAUGGCUGCUGCGGCAGACAACGACAUCCGUGUGACCCUGGUGCUGGCCCGCAACUGGGAUGGACCCGACAACAAGGCAGCGUACGCCUCGUGGAACGGCCUGGAGUCUCCCGAUGACUUCUUCACUUCCCCCGCCGCGCAAAAAGGGUUCCAGGAGCACAUGCAGUUCAUGGCUGAGCGCGUCAACUCCGUGAAUGGCCGUGUGUACAAAGAGGACCCCGCCAUCUUUUCGUGGAACCUGAUGAACGAACCCCGCUACUUUGACAACAACACCGCCUGCCAGUCUCAGACCGGGACAUGCACAAAUGCCAUGCAGACAUGGAUCGAGGUCAGCGCCGCCGCCCUGAAGGCAGCGGACCCCAACCACCUGGUCGCCAUCGGCUCAGAGGGAUUCUGGGGCACCAACAGCCCGAAGCUGGACCAGAACCCCAGCAACGGAGACUGGGCCGCUCAGACUGGGCAGAACUUUGUGGAGAACACCCAGGCCAAGGGCAUCGACUAUGCCGCCAUCCAUGUCUGGCCCGACAACUGGAACGUGCCCACCUCGUACCUGACCGAGUGGGUGACUCAGCACAUGGAGGAUGCGCGCACCCUGGGUGUGCCUCUGGUCGUGGAGGAGUUUGGAAAGAAUGUGACGGGCCACACUGAGCAGGAGCUGGCCAAGGCCCGGAACCCAGUCUUCCAGGCCAUCUUCGAUCUGCUGGAGGAAUCCAUCGCCAACGACGACGUGCUGAAGGGAGCCCAAUACUGGAUGUGGGACCCGCUGCUGGUCAACGAGCGCUCCGAGGGAUGGGCGGACCUGAACCAGGACCAGGUGCUGCCCACCGAAUCCACCAUGACUGACAUCAUUGCUCCUGCCGCGGCAAACGCCGCCAUGAACAAGCCUGUGGUGAGGGGCUGCACCCCCAAGGUGGCCCCCACUGCUCCCACCGCCGCGCCCUCCGACGCUGCUGCCACCAGCACUGCCGGGAGGAAGCUGAUGAUGGCCUGA